GAGUGGAGGGCAGAGGGUCUGCCAAUUAAGAGCAGUUCCUCUGACGCAGCCGUCAAACUAUAUGACGCGGCCGUCACUCAACUCAUCGGAUGGUACGACGACCCGAAUAUGGGAGGUCUGGCCAAGACUUGCGAUGAUAUGCUUCGAGCGGAUCCUCAUUUUGUUUUGGGCCGAAGUUUUAGUCUGGGCUUAGAGCUGAUCGGAACGGGAACUACAGUAAGACUGGACAGGGAUCUCAAGAAACAAUUGGCAGAGUUGGUGGAAACGGCUGAUAAAAACAAAGAUAAAUUAGAGGACAGGGAGUAUAAACACGUGAAAGCCAUUGAACGGUUCGCUUGUGGCGAUUGGGGUGGCGCCUCUGAUAUAUGGGAACAGAUAUUAGUGGACAACCCGACAGACAUCCAGGCGCUUAAGUUCUCGCACGACUCGCUCUUCUAUUUGGGCAAAAGCACACAAAUCCGGGACUCAAUCGCGAGAGUACUUCCCGUUUGGAAACAGAGUUCACUUCCACUCAAAAGGUUUUCCAAUCUU